AUGGAUAAAUAUCAAAAGAUCGAUGAAGUUGGUCGUGGAUCAUACGGUGUCGUCUACAAAGCAUUGAAUCUGCAUGAUGGUGAAACCGUUGCGAUCAGAAACUGUACACAAGAAAGUAUUCAUAGUCACCCACCGUUGACCCAAAAUGUUACAACCCCCGCGUAUCGUGCCCCAGAGGUUUUUCUUGAAACUCUGGUGUAUGAUACUGCGGUUGAUAUAUGGGCUGUGGGUGUAAUCCUGGCGGAAUUGUUUACCCGCAAACCAUUGUUUCAAGGUUGUUCUGGAGCCGAUGUAAUGUACAAGAUGUGUAAAGUGUUGGGUACACCAACAGAAACUACAUGGCCUGGUGGUCUUGAUCUUGCAAGGAAAAUGAAGUAUCAGUUUCCUGUUGGGCUUUUUGGUUACCAGUUUUCUGCAUUGUUGCUGAUAACGCCGAUAUUGUUUCGAAUGGCGAUGGAGUGUGAGUUGUUGAAGAAGGAAGCAUGUUUGAGAAGUUGCAUAGUUGAUGAAGAAAAGGAUUCGAAAGAAGAGCUGGUUCGUAUGCUCCCAGAAUAUUUGUUUGAUUAUGAGAUGGAAAAGGAGUCCAAAUGUAGGUUCACUGAGUUGGCACCAACGUUUCUUAUGGGGUGGUUCUCCGAACGCAUGGGUUGCAAUCUACUGCAGAAAGUACCUUAA